GAUCCAUAUUCACAUGAUUCGAUUUCAGGUGCCAUUACCCCGGAUUGGACUGAUUCGGAUGACUGUUCUCUUCUUCACUGGGCUGCCAUCAACAAUCGAUUGCAUGUGGCUGAACUGCUUCUACGACGGCGAGCCAAUGUGAACGCUGUGGGCGGUGUUCUAGCCUCAACGCCACUUCACUGGGCUGCCCGGCAGGGCCAUGUGUUGAUGGUGGCCUUUUUAGUGACGAACGGUGCUCAGGUGGAAAAACGCGAUGUCGAGGGCUUCACACCACUGCACGUCGCCGCUCAAUUCGGUGCCACACCAGUCGUCGGCUACCUCAUUGCUCGCGGUCAAUCCGUUGACGCGCCAGACGAGUCACGGAUCACACCAGCAAUGUGGGCAGCAGCGAAGUGUUCCCAAACUGAUCCUCUUCAACUGUUGAUCACUCUUGGUGCUGAUGUGAACAAAGCCGAUGCCGCCUACCAUAAUACUCCACUCCAUUGGGCUGCUACCAACGGCAAUAUCACAGCUGUGAAUACCCUUCUGAAAGCCGAUUGCGACUUAGCGGCUACGAAUCGCGACAACGAAACGGCAUUGGACAUCGCUGUACGUCGUGGAGAUACCGUUCUCAUCUCCAGAAUCGAAUUAGCGGCACGGCAGAAAGGCCUUAUGAAUUCUACGUGGCGGCAGAAACUCACUGAGAAUAAGAGUACUGCAAGGCGAAUACUCUGGUGCGUGCCAUUUCUGCUAUACUUCUGCAUAUGGUUGAUUCUUCACCUCAGUACCUCACUUUCUGUUAAACUAGCUUAUCUCUUACUGACCGCCAUGAUCUGCAAGUAUUUCCCACUCAAAUUUUCAAAUUCUGAUCUACUGGACUCGAUGCCGCCUUCAAUAGCCACUUCAACAAAAGUUACAUUGAUUCUCACAUGGUUUUUCUAUCUACAACCCAUAUCUACAUGGUACAUGCAAAUCGCCUUUUCACUUUUCAUUUUCAUUUUACCGUUCACGUUCUUCACGGUGACUUAUUGUGAUCCGGGUUAUAUCAAUACUACGUAUCAAGAGAGAUGCAAAACUAUUAUCAAUAUUAGUGAGGGGAAAUGCCCUUCAACGACAUUUUGUCCAACGUGUUUGUUGAUAAAACCAAGCAGGUCUAAACACUGCCGGUAUUGUGAUCGUUGCGUGUCGAGAUUUGAUCAUCAUUGUCCUUGGUCUAUGCAUCCAGCUCCACGCGAGAUCGCAGUACAGCCGACUACCUCUGACCAUUCUUCAUCAUUUUGUCGAGCCGCACCAUGGUCUGUGAUGUAA